AUGGAUGAUAUUUUAGUUACUGGUAGUGAUUCUUCUGUUAUUCAGUCUUUGCUCCAUUACAUGCAUGUUGCUUCUUCCAUGAAGGAGCUCGGUGAUAUCUCCUAUUUUCUUGGAAUUCCAGUUCUUUCCAUCUCUCAGGGUUAUUUUCUUUCCCAGCCGAAAUAUGCCACUGACUUACUUCAUAAAGCUGGCAUGCUGGAGUGUAAACCUUGUUCAACACCUAUGGCCAUUAAGCCUUCCUCCUCCACUUCAGAUGAUCUCCCUUACUCUCAGCCUCAGCUUUACAGGAGUCUAGUUGGUGCCCUUCAGUACUUGACCAUCACUCGCCCAGAUAUUUCAUUGGCAGUCAAUCAUGCUUGCCAGCAUAUGCAUGUACCUACCAUUGCUCAUUUUGCCCUGGUUAAACGCAUUCUUCGCUAUGUGAAAGGCACCCUCACUCAUGGUCUUCGCUUUACUCCUGGGCCCUUUACUCUUCAUGCCUUUACUGAUGCUAAUUGGGCUGGAGAUUCUCUGGAUCGCAGGUCUACUUCUGGGUUUUGUGUGUUUUUAGGACCAAACCUCAUCUCUUGGUCUGCUAAAAAGCAGCCAACAGUUUCUCGUUCAUCUACUGAGGCUGAAUAUCGGUCCAUGGCUUCCACCACUGCUGAACUUGUCUGGUUGCAACAGCUGCUCAAGGAUCUUUGCAUUUCUUCUUCUUCACCUCCUGUCCUUUGGUGUGAUAACAUUUCUGCCAUGGCCUUGGCUUCUAACCCUGUUUUCCACUCCCGUUUGAAGCAUAUAGAGGUGGACUGUCAUUUUAUUCGUGAUCGUGUUGGCUCCAAGCAAAUUUCUCUUGCUUACAUCUCUACCUCUGACCAGAUCGCUAAUAUCUUCACUAAACUUUUAACUUCAGCCAGAUUUCACUAUCUCAAAGACAAACUUCUGGUGCUUCCACGCCCCAUCUGUUUGCAGAGGAAUGAUAAGAGUGUAAGUUCAAGAGCUCACUUGAACACACAGAUUGCAGAGCAGCACUCCAGCCCAAGCUCACAACUGCAGCAGCAGAUUAAGCUUCCUCAUAAUAAUGAUAACAGAACUAGAGGAAUUGGUUAG